UUUUUCCAAUAAUAAUUAAAGGAAAAAAGCGACUUUUAAAAGAAGUUGAUUUAUACGAAACUUCCAAAUAUCAUACUUCAGAGUACCUUGGAAAUAAGCUUCAGAAAGAAUGGAAUAAGGAAUUACUGAAGAGAAAUCCAAGCACAGUAAAAGCAAUGCUACGAUUCAUUGGGUGGAAAUACUUAAUUGUAAUUCUACUUGUAUUUAUUCAGGAAACUGUCAUAGUUACAAGCAAAGCAUACAUUUUAGGAUUAAUAAUAUAUUAUUUUGACAACAAAUCGGAGGGGAAUGAACCAAAAGUUUAUUUAUUAGCCGCAGGAUUUUGUGGACUAACAGCGAUUUAUUUGUUGACAUUUAAUACUAAUUACUUUAUAUCAGAAGUAUUAGGCAUGAAGUUAAAGGUAGCUUUAUGCACUGUCAUAUACAAUAAGGCAAUUAAUUUAAGUUCUUCAUCUCUGGGAAAAUCGAAUAUAGGACAAAUUGUAAAUCUUCUAGCAAAUGAUGUCAACAAAUUUUAUAGCAAUAUCUUUACCAUCCCAUAUUUAAUCACAAAUCCUUUUCUACUAAUUAUUGCUGUAUUGAUGCUAUGGCAAUACUGCAGAUGGGCCCCUGUAGUUGGACUUUCGGUAAUUUAUCUGUACGUUCCGUUACAAAUUGUGUUGGGCAAACUAUACUCAAAAUUGAGAUUGCAGGCAGCUGUAUUGGGAGACGAAAGGUUGAAUCUGUUGAACGAGGUAAUUGCUGGCAUGAGAUUAGUUAAAAUGUACACUUGGGAGUUGCCAUUCGCUUCGUUAAUAGAAAAAAUCAGAAAUUAUACAAAUACAGAUGAUUAUUUCGUGAUAUCGUGGGACUUUCUUCUUCUUCAAGAAAAAGAAAAUAAUUCAGGCGAAAUUGCAAAUGAAAAGACGAAACAAAAUGAAUGUGGAAUAUGGAUGAAAAAUGUUACGGCUACAUGGAAUAAUAAAAUCGGAUUAACAUUAAAUGGGAUUAAGUUAUGUGUACAACCUGGAGAAUUGUUAGCUGUUAUUGGUUCAGUUGGAUCAGGAAAGACAUCUUUAUUGAUGUCAAUAUUAGGAGAGAUUCCUAUUAUUUCUGGAACAGUAUCAGUGAAAGGAAAAAUAUCUUAUUCUUCACAAGAAGCAUGGAUAUUUAACGGAACAAUUAGAGAAAAUAUUAUAUUUGGAGAAGAAUAUCAGGACGAGAAAUAUAGAAAAGUCUUACACAUAACAUCACUUGAGAAGGAUAUACGUUUAUUUCCUAAUGGAGAUUUGACACUAGUAGGAGAAAGAGGGGUGAUAAUGAGUGGUGGGCAGAAGGCAAGAAUUAAUCUAGCAAGAGCGCUAUAUCUAGAUGCAGAUAUAUUUUUACUCGAUGAUCCAUUGAGCGCCGUUGAUGGUCCAGUAGCCAGACAUUUGUUCCAAAAGUGUAUAAUGGAAUACUUGAACGAUAAAAUUUGCAUUUUAGUUACACAUCAAACACAGUUUUUGAAUUCAACAACUAAGGUUUUAAUGCUAAACGGGGGAAAAUGUGAAUUUAUUGGCAGUUGUUAUGAAGUCGGAAACAUAGAAAAAUAUACAGCAACUUUACCAGAAGAGUACAUGAAAUUUGGAGAUUUCUAUUACACUCAGCAAGAAAUUGAAAACAAUAAUCACGAUGACAUAUCUCAUGAAAUACAACAAACUACUGAUGGAAAUUUAAUAACGAAAUAUAAUAAAGCACAAGAAGACAAACGAGUUGGAGUAGUAGGAUUAUCUACAUAUGAAGCUUAUUUCAAUGCAGGAGCGGGUUUCUUCUUCAAGAUGCUUAUAGUAUUUAUGUUAUUUAUAUCGCAGAUCGUUUUUAGUGCCAGCGAUUAUUGGCUAAUUAUAUGGUUACAAGAGGAAAGAAGCUACACUCAAAUUGCAGGACAAACGACGAACUUUACUUCAAAAAUACUGACUAUUAACAACACCAGAAAUGAAAAGUUACAAGAGGAAAGAAGCUACACUCAAAUUGCAGGACAAACGACGAACUUUACUUCAAAAAUACUGACUAUUAACAACACCAGAAAUGAAAAGUUUUAUAAAGCUCGUGAAUUGAAUAUUUACAUCUAUUUUGGAUUCAUAUCAGCAAUAAUAUUAACGGCAAUCUCAUCUAUCUCAUUAUUAUACAAACUCUUUGUUUCUGCCUCAAUAAAACUCCACAACAAUAUGUUUCGUUGUAUUAUUCGUACUCCAAUUUCUUUCCUGGAUAACAAUCCCAUUGCGAGAAGCCCAGUAUUGUCACAUCUGAGUGCAUCCCUUUACGGACUUACAACAAUCAGAGCAUUUAAUGUUAAAAAUAAAUUUAAAUCAACUUUUAACAAAUACCAGGAUAAGCACACUGCAACAUGGUUCAUUUACGUGGCAUUAAAUCGAUGGAAUUGCGCCUAUGGUCAAACUAUAUGUUUUCUAAAUAUUAUUGCCACUAUUGUAGUUUUAUGUAUUACAAUGCCUUCAAUUGAUGCGGGAAGCAAGAUUGGGCUUAUAAUAAAUUAUGAAUUAAUGUUAAUUUUGUAUUUUCAUUGGGGUACUCAUCAUUUAUCUGAAACAGAUUAUCAAAUGAAUUCCGUUGCACGUAUACUGAAUUAUAGCAAAUUGAAAUCUGAAGCAGCUUACGAAUCUUCUCCUGACAAACAACCUCCUGCUGAUUGGCCUCAAAAAGGAGAAAUUGAAUUUAAAAAUGUUUCGUUAAAAUAUUCGAAUGACAGAAGUAUUGUUUUAAAUAAUUUAUCUUUUCUUAUUAAGCCAGGAGAAAAAAUAGGAAUUGUUGGACGAACGGGAGCCGGAAAGAGUUCUAUAAUUGCUAGUUUAUUCCGUAUGACAGAGCCAACAGGAAUGAUAAUCGUGGACGGAAUUGACACUAAAAAUAUUGGUCUUCGGGAUCUACGUAGUAAAAUCUCAAUUAUUCCUCAAGAUCCGGUGUUAUUUACUGGUCCUCUUCGCAGAAACAUCGACCCUUUCAACGAAUAUUCAGAAGAAAUGUUAUGGCAAGCAAUCGAAAAAGUACAGUUGAAAGAUGUUAUAAAAAAUUUGCCUGGAGGAAUGGACACACAUUUAACAGAAGGAGGAAGAAAUUUCAGCGUGGGAGAAAGACAGUUAAUUUGUCUUGCCAGGACAAUCCUUUGUCAGAAUAAAAUUCUUGUCAUGGACGAAGCAACAUCCAAUAUCGAUAAAAUUACUGACACAUAUAUCCAGAAGAUUAUUCGGGAGAAUUUUACAUCUUGUACAGUGUUAACGAUAGCACAUAGAUUAAAUACUAUUAUCGAUUCAGACAGAGUUAUGGUAUUACAUAGAGGAAUUAUUCAAGAAUUUGAUUCGCCGUAUGCGUUACUAAAGGAUGUAAAUGGUACUUUUUAUAAUUUAGUAAAGAACACAGGAAAGACUUCAAUGAGUGAACUUUAUAAUAUUGCCAAAGAUAAAUUCUAUGAUCGACAAAUUAUAUUAAAUACAAAAUUAUAAGUGAAUGGAUGCUUACUAUACAAAUUAUUUCUUGUAAGUUCUGGAUUAAUAGAUCUCUUUUAAAUCUUUCUUCUUACAAACAUGUCUUCAAUCAUCUGUUUCAUGUAAGAAUUUAUAUUGCUGAAAUCUCAAAUUUACAAUUUUUUACUGUAACAUUGAUAAGAAAAUGUUGUUAAAUUUAUGAUUAAUCAUUUUUGAAUCGAAAAUAUUGAGGAUGUCCAAUAUAAAGGUUUGGAUAAAAAAUGUCCAAUGAUCGAAAUCUUUCUGAAAAACAUAACAUUUGUUUAUGUGAUAAAAGUUAGUGGUCACAAGUGAAUUAAAAUAUGUUAAUCUUUUGCUGCUCAGUUAACAUUUAUAUGAUGUUUUUGAAAAUUAUUUACAAUUGUAGAAUAGCAUUUUAAAAACUUUCAAGGUAUAUUGGGGAAUAAUAUGCUUAAUUAAUAAUGUCUGAACCACGGAAUAAAGACAGUUGUAGCGUAAUGAUUUUACAGUUUUUUUCUGUGUGAUGUAUCAGAUAAGA